CAGAGACGCAGAGCAAAGGGAGGGUGAGAGAGAGAGAAAAAAAGAUGGAGUACAAGGAGGCAACAGGGGCCUGCAAAGCUAGUAAGAGUAUUAUAGUAGCAGUCGAUUGGAAGCUAGACUAGAAAGGGUGACGCAGCUGUCAUCCCACACCGGAAACCCUCUCUUCCAGCGCAUAGCCCCUGUCCAUCUCUCCCUCCUCCGAGUCUUCUCCUCUCCUCUUAACAAAUCCCUCUUCCUCUGCUUCCUCCUCUACCUUCCUAAGCCUGAGAAGGUGGGAGAGGUUAUGGAAGAAGAGUUAGAGUACUACUACUUGGAAAGCGAGGAGUUGGGAGCAAACACGAUAGAGGCUGAUCCCUGUACGAGACGGCGAAAUCGGCCCCGCCACUAUUAAUCGAGUUUGAUUGCCAUAUAUAGGUGUAGGAACGGGACCGGGAAAGAGUUCGAUCGUUAUAGGAUCAUUGAUCGAUCAAUCCAUAGUCUUGCGAAGGGAGAAGCAAGCGGCGGCGCGUACGUACGUCAUGGCUGCGGCCUCGUCAUCGACGUCGUCCGCUGGGUCGGCAGCGCCGGCUCACGCGCCGGCGGCGGGAGGUGCCGGCGGCGGCGGCAGCAGCGGGGUACCGAACCACCGGACGCGGUUCGGCGACACCACGCUGACCAAGGUGUUCGUCGGCGGCCUGGCGUGGGAGACGCCGUCCAAGGGCCUGCAGGACCACUUUCAGCAAUACGGCGAAAUCCUCGAGGCCGUCGUCAUCACCGAUCGCGAGACCAGCCGCUCUAAGGGCUACGGAUUCGUGACGUUCAGGGAGCCGGAGUCCGCGCGGGAGGCGGUGCGGAACCCGAACCCGACGAUCGGCGGCCGGCGAGCCAACUGCAACAUUGCGUCCAUGGGGCCGCCGCGUCCGUCGCCGUCGCGAGGGCGGGCCCCACGUGGGUCCCUCUUCCCGGAUCAGCCACACAUGGGCCCGCAGCCUUACAUGGGCGGCCGGUUGCCGCCGCAGCAUAUGACGGCCCCACCUCAACAGAUGUACUACCAUCCUCAGUUCGGGUACUGGUACCCACAAGAUUAUCCUUACCAACAGCAUGCCGUGUACAAUUCACAAGCGCUACAGCAUUACUACCCUCAGCUGUAUGGUCCAACAUCCCCUUCAACACCGUCGUACCAGUUUAUGGGGUACAUGCCGGGUGCCCUGGGUCCAAGGGCUGGCUUCUCUCCGAUGCAGCAACAAGCUCCACGGCCACCUUUCAUUCAGCAGCCUGCGCUGCAGUUCGACGGGGGCUCUUUCCCUCCAGGACCUUCUCUCCCACCGGAUUUCAGACUCCAGUUGCCCCCUCAUGCACUCUCAAGGCAACCAGAUGAAACAACCGGUGCUCAAUCAGCUCCGCCAGUCUCCGCGAGUGCAGCUGCAACUCCAACCACAGACAGCAAGGAAGCAUCAAAGACUGUAGAAUCAAAUUCAGAUCUAAACACCUCGAACUGACUUGGUGAACUGAAAAUUCUUCCGAAAUGACUCAAUGUCAGCCCACAUGGUGCCAUGGUGGUCUGUAACAGGGCUCCAAGCACUCAUUUCUUGACUGAAAAAAAGCACCAAAAGAAUUGUUCUUUCAUUAUUUCAUAUUCUUUUCCAAUUUUCACAAUGCAUUUCUUCGGUGAAUCCAUUGUAUGGCCCAACUGAACUUCACGAAAAAAAAUCUGUAAUUUUCCAUAAUA